AUGUCUCCUUUCAUGGCACUUUACGGUUAUGAGGUCCCUAGCUUUGUUGAUUUGGUGUUUGGAGAUAGUAGAGCACCUCAGGCUAGGGAUAUGGUUCAGCAAGGUCAGGACAUUUUGAAGGCAUUAAAGGACAACCUCCAGAUUGCACAGAACCGACAGAAGUUGUAUGCUGAUCGGCAGCGUAUUGAGCGCUCAUUUGAGGUUAAUGACAUGGUCUACCUAAGACUUCAGCCCUUCAGACAGUCUACUCUCAAGAAGAGUGGAGCGGAAAAACUCAAGCCAUGUUUCUAUGGUCCAUUCAGGGUCAUUAGGAGAGUGGGAGUUGUGGCUUACGAGUUGGAGCUACUAGUGAGUAGCCGAGUACAUAAUGUCUUCCACGUGUCACGCCUCAAAAAGGCGCUUGGGCACAAUGUGAUAGUCUCUCUUGAUCUGCCUCCGUUGGAUGAAGAGGGAGAACUGGUGCUAGUUCCUGAGGCCAUCCUUGAUGUCAGGGAACGAUUGUUGAGGAGGAGAACCAUCCGAGAGUAUUUGGUUAAGUGGAAGGACCUACCGGUGGAGGAUGCUACUUGGGAGAAUGAGGAGGUCUUACAGCAUCCUGGCUUGCGAUUGCUUGAGGACAAGUAA